ACCAACCGGAAGCGAUUAAAAAAAUCGUUGCUGGCAUUAACCGAGACCAAAAAGAACAAGUAUUAUUGGGAGCCACCGGCACCGGCAAGACUUUCACCAUGGCAAAUAUUAUCCAACAAACCCAAAAAUCCACCCUAAUUUUGGCCCAUAACAAAACCCUCGCCAUGCAAAUUUAUCAAGAAAUGCAAGGAUUUUUUCCCCACAACAAGGUCGAAUAUUAUGUUUCUUACUUCGAUUAUUACCAACCCGAAGCCUACAAGCCAGCAAGUGAUAUUUAUAUUGGCAAAAAGGUUCAGCGUAAUGCCAGUAUUGCCAAGAUGAGAAUGAAAACCCUAAAUGCUUUAAUUACUGACAAGCAG